AUGUUUGAAAAGCACAAGGACACCUCCUUGUUGGUUCAUAUCCUCGUCUGUCUGUUUGGUAUAGGCGCCUGGGUCGGAACAAAUGGCAUUCUCAUUGAACUUCCGAUUCUGGUAGAGCGACUUCCGGAGCGAUGGAACCUAGCCUCCUACCUUGUCAUCGCCAUCCAACUGGCCAACAUCGGUCCUCUGCUCUACACCGUCGCACAUCUCCUCUUCCCCAGGUGGGUCUACGAGAAGCCGUUCGCUUAUGUCAUCAUCGUCUUGGCUGCUCUUUGCUGCCUGCUUCUCAUAUUUCUGUGGCAGCAAACCACCGAGGUAGGCGGAGUAGAACACAGCACCAUUCUUCUCGUACUGCUGUUUUUCCUGGCCAUGGCAAACUGUACGUCGUCCGUCGUGUUCCUGCCGUUCAUGGCCCAGCUGAAGACGUCGUACAUGACGUCUUUCUACAUAGGACAGGGACUUAGCAGUCUCUUACCCAGCAUGGUGGCCCUGGGACAGGGGGCAGGGGCGAUGAGCUGUCAGAACCGCUCCCAGGGGAACGUGACCUUGCUGGGGGAGAACCUGACCACGUUCUACAUGGAGGCCGAGUACUACCCACCCAGGUUUCCACCCAGAGAGUUCUUCGGGUUUAUCUUUGUCACUAUGGUCAUCUGCGGCCUGGCCUUUGUACUUCUGAACCACUUGUCCGUCUGCAAGAAUGAGAGAGUAGAAGCCAAGGACCCGAUACCGGACGAGCAGGAGAAAGCCCCAGAGAAACUGUCAGUGGUGUACCAAGCUGACCUGAAGCCAGAAUCUGUAUGCCAAGAUGGCAUACCCCAAAACGACAGCAGGGGUGAAAGCGCCGGAUGUUGGUCCAAAGUAAAAUCUUGCUUUUCUAACUGUUCGAGCGAAUCCACCAUGGGUUACUUUUUACUGUUGACAGUCAAUGGCUGGAUCAACGCUUUAGAGAACGGUAUUAUUCCGUCUAUACAGUCCUACGCGUACUUACCGUACGGAAACCAACCGUAUCACCUGGCUCUAGUGUUCGCCAAUGUCGCCGACCCCACCGUCUGUUUCCUCGCCUUCUUCUUACCAACGACUUCCAAGCGCCUCGUCACUGUCUUCAUGAUUCUAGCCACAGCAGCUUCCAGUUACAUUAUUACCUUAGCAUCCAUGAGUCCAGACCCAUUCAUGGUGGAGGACAACCUGGGCGACAUAGUAGCUGUCGGAGCACAAGUGAUAGCGACGAGUUUCCUGACGUACUCCAAACUCUCCAUAGCGGCCAUUUUCCGAGAAAGGGGAGGCAAAUCUUUGCUGUGGUAUGGAGCUGUCACUCAGCUGGGGAGUCUUAUAGGAGCCUUGGUUACAUUUUACUUGGUGAACGUUUUGAAUGUGUUUGUGGCUGCCCCACCGUGCCGUGGUGAAAGCUGA